AUGGGAUUUCUCGACGAGGCAGUUUACUUCGCAGGGAAACCAGAAGGCUGGGAGAGAGGGGAGGUGCUGAGUAUGUCAAAGGUGCAAAGAACUCCUUUCUUUGACAUACUCUUCACAUGGAGAAAGGAGGGCACUGGCAAGAGUCCCGACCCGGGCGCCUACAAGCUGAACAUGACCCAGGUCUACAAGACCCAGCCUGUGCCGUUCUUUGGUUCAGAAUCCAGGGAAAAGGCGCUAAUGAAGCCAUCCAAUGGUGCGCCAGGGCCAGGGCACUACCCGCUGAUGAAGGAACUUGGUGGCAAUGUCACCACCCGAAUCAGUCCCUCAUUCUCCUUUCAGGGUCGGCGGAAGCCGCCGAGGUCGGACAAGGAUACGGCUCCUGGGCCUUCAUUUACGGUGGUCACCUGCUUCUGA